AUGGCGUAUGCACUUUGACGGCCGACUACUGCUGGAGCUGUUCCCGUACUAAUGAAACCUUCAACAAUGGCAGCAUCUACGAACGAAACCUCCACACCGUCCUCUCCUCUUUUUCUUCCAACAAAACCGAAAUCAACUCCGGGUUUUACAACUAUUCUCUCGGACAAGGCCCCGAAAAAGUCAAUGCAAUGGCACUAUGCAGAGGAGACGUUCCCCUAAACGACUGUCACUCAUGUUUCGAUGAGUCCAUUUCCAUUCUCCUGCAGAACUGCACCAAUAAAAAACAAGCGAUCAUAUGGGCACAGCGCUGCACGGUACACUACUCGAACGUCUCAAUUUUCGGUGUUGUGGAAGAUGAUCCGGUUAAGUUUGUGCCCGGCCCGACUAACGCGUCAAACGCUGAGCAGUUCAAGCUGGUGCUCAACCCCUUGUUGGAGAUUUUAAGUGAGAAAGCUGCAGCAGGAAACUCCACUACAAAAUUUGCAGCUGGACAUGCACUUGUCCCUGCAAGUAAAACCAUAUAUGCAAUAGUCCAGUGUACACCUGAUUUGGACCGACAAAAUUGCAGUGAUUGCCUCAAAGAGGCCACCUCGGAUAUCCCAAAAUGCUGUGAAGGAAAGGAAGGAGGGAGAGUCCUUAGACCCAGCUGUAAUUUGAGGUUUGAGAGCAAUCUCUUCUAUGACGCAGCAUCUGAUUCCCUAGUAAAUCUUCCAGGCACACAAGGAAAUAAUACAGGAAAUGGUACGAGUAACAUAACAACAAAAGUAUCACCAUCAUCGUUCUUGGGAUUGCUAUUGUCGCUAUGCUUGUUAUCAGCAUACGCAUUUUUUUAAGAGUGUGGAAGCGAUUGGUGAAAAUGUAUGUUCAAUUUUGUUUCAUUUUUUACAUACAUUUAGCAAGUGUAAUAUUUGUUGGCAAGUACUUGAAUUUGUAUCCAUUAAGACCAAUGUAAUACGGCUUGCUCUAAUAAUAUGCAUUUCUUUUCAAUAA